AUGUCGGCAGCCCUCACGCCGGAGAAGCGAGCUGUUUUGGCUGGCGUGGUCACCGGGUCGGUCACGGACAAGUCCGCGUUGAAGAAUGCCAUCCUCGCCCAUGACUGCGAUGCCGUCUUUCACGCCGCUGGCCUGGCGCAGCCGUGGGGCUGCUCCAAGACCCGCGAGUACAACAUCAUCUUUGCCACCGUCAUCGCAGCCAUUGUGGAAGCCCGACAUGAGCGCCGCGGGGCCGCAAUACGCGCCUGGCUAAUGUCUGGGUUUCCCAUGCUGGACAGCGCCAUCCCGACACGCCUGAUUGGCGACUACAUGCCCAUGUUUCCCGAGCACAGGGAAAAUCUGGCCCUCAUCCAGAAGCAAGAAAAGGAGAACAUUGCCUGGUCGCUAUUUUGUGCCUCUCAACUGAGUCCCAAGCACAAGGAGGCCCAAAUUCCUGCACCAGACGACUGCUCGGCGGCCAAUGUGUUCGCCAGGGCCGACUCGCCCCCGGAGUGGCGGGACACUCUUCAGUGGGUACCGCUGAUCGGGCCUUAUUUGAAUAUCUUGAGCCAGGCGGCUGGCUACGCAACUUCUGUGGAGGAUCCCUUGGACUUUAUUGCUGCCGAUUUCGUGAAGGGAGGAAAGAGCGAAUUCAUCGGAACGAGAGUAGGAUUUAAGCUGAAGAAUAAGGUUUCUUAG